AUGUUGGAUACGGGUUCAAAAAAGAUCAGCAUUUUAAGACAUGGGAGGUACAUUGGUGAUUUGAGUCCCAGUAAAUUUUCCACCCCUAAAAGAACCAGAGCUAAUAUUAAUCUAAUAAAAAAAGAUGUAAAAAUACUAAGAAAAAAAAAUAAAAUAUUAAAACAAAUAAAUUCCAGACUAGAAAAGAGAGUUUGUACAUUAGAAAAUAUUGUAAAUGAUCUAGAAAAAAAAAUGUUAGUGUCUGAAAAUGCAGUUAAACAUUUAAAAGUAUUAAAUUCUGUCGUCUUGGAAAAUAUUGUUAGUGGUGAUUUGAAAAAAAAAUAA